UCGUUCUUUUCUAGGAUCGAAACAGAAUGUAUGACAGUCUGAACAUGCACUCGUUGGAAAAUUCUCUUAUUGAUAUAAUGAGAGCUGAACACGAUCCUCUUAAAGGUCGUUUGAAUUAUCCACAUCCAGGGACUGACAAUCUUCUAAUGUUAAAUGCAAGGAGUUAUGGGCGAAGACGAGGUCGUUCCUCACUCUUUCCAAUAGACGAUGGCUUACUGGAUGAUGGUCAUACUGACCAAGUUGGUGUGCUGAAUUCACCGACAUGCUACUCUGCUCAUCAAAAUGGAGAACGGAUAGAACGUUUCUCUCGGAAAGUGUUUGUCGGUGGUCUUCCGCCAGACAUCGAUGAAGAUGAAAUUACUGCCAGCUUCAGACGAUUUGGACCUCUGGUGGUUGACUGGCCCCACAAAGCAGAGAGCAAGUCCUAUUUCCCCCCUAAAGGUUAUGCAUUUCUCCUUUUCCAAGAGGAGAGUUCUGUCCAGGCAUUGAUUGAUGCCUGCAUCGAAGAAGACGGAAAGCUAUAUCUCUGUGUUUCUAGCCCCACUAUCAAGGAUAAGCCAGUCCAGAUUCGCCCCUGGAACUUAAGCGAUAGUGACUUUGUAAUGGAUGGUUCGCAACCCCUUGACCCUCGGAAAACUAUUUUUGUGGGUGGUGUCCCCAGGCCAUUAAGAGCUGUGGAGUUGGCCAUGAUAAUGGACCGACUCUAUGGUGGAGUUUGUUACGCAGGAAUUGAUACAGAUCCUGAACUGAAAUACCCAAAAGGUGCGGGGCGAGUUGCUUUCUCCAAUCAGCAGAGCUACAUUGCUGCCAUUAGUGCUCGGUUUGUUCAACUUCAACAUGGCGAUAUUGAUAAACGAGUAAGUUGUAUAGAAUUCAUAUUAAAUGUUUCAUUUCCCUAUAUUACCCUGUUUCCCCGAAUAUAAAACAUCCCCUGAAAAUAAGAUGUAGUAGUGGUUUUGCUGGAGUGUGAAAUAUAAGGCAUCCCCCGAAAG